UUUUUUUUCCCCAAAAAUACCCUUCCAACCCACCUACCUAAUAAUAUGCUUCUUUAUUCAUUAAAAAUUUUAUUUUUAUAUUUUCGUUUCCUCCGUUUAUUUUUUAAUUUUUGGAUUUCAAUUUAUUUAAUUUUAAUUAAAAGAAUGACUGCAACAACAACUUCUUCAGACUUUUCCCCAAUAAUUUCACAAAAAUCAAGUUUUACUUCAGAACAGUCAAUGCCUAUAUUGAAUUUAGAAGCCAAAGAAUUAAUUACUAAAUCUGUUGUUGUUUAUUUGGAUAGGGCCGAGGUUAAGAGGAAAAUUGUUUUUCAGAAGCCCGAACAGAUUCAAUUGCCUUUUAAGAUGAUGAUUAGAAUUAAUAAUGUCUCUCCAAUGAUCGCGCGUGACUCAAUCCGCGUAGAUGGUCAAAGCGGUGUGCUAAUUUUGGAUGUUGAUUAUGUCGAAAUCCCCCAAUUUUGUAAUAAUGAUGAUGGAAGUGAAAAUAUAUCUUUCCUUGAAAUGGAAACGACCGAUUUAGAGGGGAAUUGUGCUGCUUUAAACGAUCAAAUUGAUGUAUUACAGAAAAGGCUAGAUGUUCUAGAUGGUGUUGCUAAACAGAUAGGAAAGAAUGCCCUAGUUUCCACUGAUGCUGUUCAACAGAGACGCUGUGGGGUCCAAGCAGCUCAACAAAUACAAGACCAACAACAAAUAAAUGGGUGUAUUGAAGGUGGAGCACAACAAAAUGUUUCUAUGCAAUUUGCACCAACCAGCUUAUUUUUAUUAAAUGAGGAUUCAAUGAAGAAUUUGAGCUCAUUUCUUGAUUAUUAUGGUAAAACAGCUGGGGAAACAAGAAGCGAAUUGAGGCAAAAAGCAAAGGAAUUGGCUGAAUUAAAGGAGAGACUAGCAAAGUCCGAAUGGGAAUUGAACAAACAGCGAGGGAAAAUGGAAUAUGACAAAAAUAAAAGGUGGAAUGGAAGGAAGAUUUUUUUGUUUUUAGAUAAAUGA